GUGCGCGCUCCCGCGGACGGCAGGAAGUUUCUGAUAAAGACGCACUUUGUACCACUUCACCAGUUGAAGAAUUAUUUAGCGACGUGGAUUCGGUGUAAAGUUAAAGCUCAAGAAUGGCCAAUGUCAGUCUAAAAGAGCUGCUGUUGGACACUCUGGAGGAACUGAAUAAUGAAGAGUUUAUGGAGUUUAAGUGGUUUUUGAAGUUUGAAACCAGACAUGGAUUCAGACCCAUCCCCGUGCAUCGGCUGGAACAUGCAGACAGAAUGGACACUGUGGAUCGGGUUGUGCAAAAUUAUGACCUCAAAGCUGUGGAGAUAUCAGUGGCAAUUUUACAGAAAAUGCAUCAGAAUCAGCUUGUCAUGAAGUUAACUGAAGUGAACUCCAAGGACGAGGUUAAAACCACGGUUUGUCACUUCCAGACAAAUAACACUGCGACAGAUGGAGGAAUUGUGUUCAAUCCGAACAUCAGCGACUGUAGAAUCAACACGUUAAACAUCAACGUCUCAAGUCGAGUUACUGUUGGCGAACUCAUGGCAGACCAGUCGUAUCAUCAGACGUUUGUCCCGUCUCCUGAACGCCCCCUCAGAGUGUUUCCAGCUCAGGUGUGUAGUGUUCUGAAUGUCCUGCGUGGACAAGUGGACGAAGACGACCUGUUUCUGCUCAGGCUGAAGGAACAGUUGAAAAACCUGGAACCACGAAAAAAAUCCUUGAUGAUGUUGAAGUUCCAAGAAAUGAUCCAUGAAGCUCUGUUCGACUCAGACGCUCCCUGAAACACACGACAUCUGAGUGAAGGGACAUUCCACCGUAACUUCCGUCAAAAUCAUCGUAUCGACUUCAAACCAAAGCCGAAUUUUUCCGUUCUGGGUCCGAUGGUAUUUGUCAUGACAUCAUCAGGGCCACGCCCCCGUUAGCACCCCAGGGUAAAUAUCAGGGGGCAGUAAACCCAGUUUUCUGACAGUAUUAAAUGGCUGUAAUAUCAAUUUUCAUUCGAUCAAACCUAAAUUUAACAUGAACCAUCUCUGUUCAAGUCUUUUCUCAUAUGACAAAUUUCGCAGCUCUAGAUUGCGUGACUUCCAAUUGCUAUGGUAACGUAUGUAAAAUUUGUUUAUUGUUAAUAACUUCCUUUGUGUUCGUCGUACUGAUUUCAAACUAAUGUUAAAUUAUUGGAAAUUAGAUUCUCUAUCCAUUACCUACCUCAUUUGUCACACGUGUAUAAAUAUAGAUUUUAAGUUACUAGCGGCAUUGCACCCGUGGUACCAAAACGCCCUCCUGUGGUGCAACAUCGAAAACACAUCGAGCGGACAUCGGACGGACACAGAACGCGCAUUAUUAUAUAGAUUGACUUCUAAAGUGACCAGGACUCUAGUGCCUAAUUUGCAUAUUCACAAAACGGCUUCUAUCUUGAACACUAAUGAGGAUAUCGACUAACUUUGUAUCAUCGACUUAUAGGAAGUCCGACAUGGUCUUUCAUUUGGUAUCAAUUUUGUUGACCUUUGAGUGACCUUGAAAGGUCAAACUCAAAGUCAGGAUUUUCAGAAUACCUAAUUUUUGACCGUAACUGGCCGUAACUCCCUCAAUUUUGCAGAAAAACGAAUCUCAUCAGGUUAUAAAGUGUGAAAAUAUCGACCAUAGUUCUGUUGAAGGCCUCCAGCAAAUGCACCAACUAUGGCAGUUUUAUUUGUUUAUUUAUUAACAUUUUAGCAGCAAAACUAUUGGUUGAAUUCAUACCAAAUUGGGUUUAUAGAUUACCAGUGAUCCAGAACAGAUGUGAUUACAUUUUGG